AUGGCUCUUCUCCAAUUCUCAUCAUUUGUGUCAAAAGCGGGUCAUAUUGCAACAAUUCCUCUUAAUGAGCAAACAACUGUUACUGCGGAUUGGUAUACCGCCAUUUGUUUACCAAAAGUCAUCACCGAGCUUCGAAAAAUCAACCCCGAAAGAAGAAUCAUCCUCCACCAAGACAAUAUAAGCUCGCACACAGCCCAAAAAACAAGGCAGUAUUUAACGGAAGAAAACUUGGAAUUAUUUGACCAUCCUCCAUAUAGUCCUAACGAUUUCUUUACUUUCCCGAAAAUUAAAAACAGACUGCGUGGUCAAAGGUUCCAGUCACCAGAAGAAGCAGCUGACGCAUUCAAAAAUGCCGUUUUGGAUCUGCCAGCAAACGAGUGGAAUAAGUGCUUCGAAAAUUGGUUCGAGCGCAUGCAGAUGUGUAUUAAUCUUCGUGGAGAAUACCUGGAAAAACAAUAG